AUGGUGUUCAUCGCCGUUUAUCGCGGUGAUGAUCACAUCGCCCUGCUCAUUGACCUCGUCGAGACCGUUGACCUGUCGGUCGACCAGCAACAUGCUCUUCAGCAGCCUCCUUCCGAGGAAGUCGACGCCUUUGCCUGUCCACCACCCUGA